AUGCAGGCACCAGCGCCUGUCAAGAAAAUGGCUGACGACUGGGAAGGAGAAGGCAAGAAGGCAUUUGCGUCGGAUAUGGAUAUAUACGCUAAGUCAAUUACUACUGACAAUGACAGUCCACAGAAAACCUAUUCCUCCGCAAUAGGGGGAGUGCAUAAUAUGCUAUACUACUUGCUGCUUCUUAUAGUGGCCGGAACCUUUGCCAAG